CUUACCGUAGUCUGGUGGUGUCGAGGUUGGUCAGUCUUUGUUGGCCCGAGUGUGUGUUGUCUGUAGACAUGUGCUAGUGCCAGUAGUUCAGUGGUCGUUGGCGUUCUAUCGUUAGUGUUACCUCUGACAACGUUCAGGACAUUAUCUGCUGUUGUCCUGCAGUGCUAUCAUUACACCACCCCGCUUUAGGUGGAUUCUUGCUUCAAUUACAAUUGACCGUAAGGAGACUGCUUGAAAAUCGUAGUUGGAAAGCUGUGGACCACGUAGUUAGAAAAGCUCUUGAGUCAUUGACAUCAACAAAAUUUCUUAAUUAAGAUUUCCCCGGUGUCGCUGUGGCCGCCAAGCUGUAUCCGCAGCCCGCACUUCGUCUGCCCACCAGCGUGAUGAUGCGGCAGCUAACAACGCCGUCUCCCGGAGUUGCAGUCACGGUCCGUGGUGUCAGUGGUCUUGAUGACGAUUUGAAGAUUGUAAUCAAAGUAGCAGGUUUUGUACAAAUUAACUAUCAAGAAUCGCCUGAUUAAGAGUUUGGACUUCCUCUCUGUGUAUUGACCCUUACGGAAGAACACCGUUUUUAACAGUGACAAAAGCUUGGGCCUGGAGGGACUUGGCAUGGCCGACCACCAUGAAGCAUUCAACAACAUGCUGCAAAUGAACGGACUGGGCCUCGUCCACCACCUGAACGGUUCACAGCCGCAGGUAGAGAUGAAUGGAACAGCCAGUUCACAGACAGCCGAAAAUCACAGAAACGGCAACACAACACCGUCACAGCAUCUGAAUACCACCACACAGAACAAUAGUUCCACGGGAGGUGGAAACUCAUCUGGCCGUUCAUCGCCCAAUGAGGAUCCUGCAGCUGCCAAGUUAUUUGUGGGUGGCCUGAGCUGGCAGACAUCCCCUGAUAAGCUCAAGGAAUACUUUGGCAUGUUUGGGACAGUCACUGAUGUUCUGAUCAUGAAGGACCCUCUGACACAGAGAAGCCGAGGAUUUGGAUUCAUUACAUUCUCUGAGCCUGACACCGUAGAGAAAGUCCUCAAAGUGCCUAUUCACACCUUAGAUGGGAAAAAAAUUGAUCCUAAACAUGCCACUCCAAAAAACAGACCAAAGCAGUCAAACCGAACAAAGAAAAUAUUUGUUGGAGGGGUAAGUCAAGAUACAUCCUCUGAAGAGGUAAAGGCAUAUUUUAGCCAAUUCGGUAAAGUAGAAGAAACUGUGAUGCUUAUGGAUCAGCAGACCAAACGCCACAGGGGAUUCGGAUUUGUAACAUUUGAAAAUGAGGAUGUUGUUGAUAGAAUCUGUGAAAUACACUUUCACACGAUAAAGAAUAAAAAAGUAGAAUGCAAGAAGGCUCAGCCAAAGGAAGUGGUUGCCCCUGGACUGUUGUUGGGCAAAAGAGUGAUGGUAAUGGGUGGAGUUAGAAUGGCAACACCAACACCUGUGACUUCUGCUGGACAACUUGUUGCGGCGCAGGCCCACGUACAGGCCGCCGCAGCCGCUGCUGCAGCGCAGAAUGCAGCAGUGCAGAACGCAGCUGCUGCUGUGAGUUACGGGAAAUUGUUCAGUGGAUACCCUAGUCUUGCUGGAUACAGAUAUGCUCCGUAUCCAGUUGCGACUAUUCCUGCGACACAACCACCUGCCACCGCUACCGCCCCAGCCACACAAGCUCUCAACCCUGCAGCAGCUCUAGCACCCCCUGCAAAUCCCUACCAGGCCUACAGUCUCGCCAAUGUCGAUAUGUCCAGCUUCCAGGGCGUCGAUUGGAGUUCCAUGUAUGGCAUGGGGAUGUACGUUUGAAGCCCAUGAACAGUUGCCGCAUCCUACCGAUAAGACAGCGUUCAUUUCAAAAUCCUUUUCAGUACUUUAAAAGUCUUUCGAGUUAGAUCUGCUUUUGCUCAUCGGUGAAGUAACAAUAACACCUAUUUCCGGGCUCCUUUUCUAAGCAAUAAAUUUGCAAUAAGCGACAGUAUUAGCAAUGCCCUCUACUGGAUCUUCCACUAAAUCGGUUAAUUCUUUGAAGUGAUCGGCCGAAUCGUCGAGACAAAUCGCUGUUGUUAGUCGCCUUGUUGUGUUUGCGACGUGAGAACUGUUGUACAGUGUUCAUUAAUGCUUUGUUUUUAAGAGGCGAGUGUCUUGUAAAUAUACAGUAACUUGAUCUCAAGUGGAAUACCUUCACAGUGGGUCUCGUGUGGGCCGAAUCUAGUCAUAUAUCGACUGUCAAUGUUCCACUCGUUAGUCAUAGUUAUUUAUUCAAACUGUGCUUUUAAUUUUAUCUGUUAACUAAAUUACUACUAUCUAGAGUAAGUAAUGUUCCUGUUAUUAGAUUUCCGUUUUCUUUUUGUCUUUUUGUAUUUAUUGUGUCUUGUUCACGAGUCGAGUUUGAAGCACCUGUUACAUUCCAUAAUCCAUCUGUUUGGGCUAGACUAAAGUUCUAAACGGGUUUUGUGCCCGAAUACAUCGAAUUUUAAAGCAUGUGAUUUUGUGGACCAAUUUAUUUUUUGACAUGUUGACGUCAACAGAUUAUAAUACAGUUGAAAGUUGUUGGUAUUUCUGAGUUGUAUUAAAUUGCCUACACUAAUGUUUUAGUGAAUAGUAGAAUUGUAUAAAAAGUAUGGUUUUAUAAAUUGACUACUAAAAUGUGGUGACAAAAAUUGCGUGCUGGUUACGGUACUUAUUUUUGUAAAUGUUACAAAGUCUCUGCCGAGGUCCCAAGUGUGCUUCACCUCACCGCAAGAGGUCUACAAACUGUUUUCAAUACUCAUUUUGUAUUUAGAAUUGUGUAAAUUAUUUGAUGUAAUAAUAUUUCAUUACCGGUAAUGUUAUUGUCUAUCUUAGUUUAAGAUACUUCUAGCGAUUACAAGAAGCAAACUGUAGUAAUAAGUAGGUUUACUAGGAAAUUCUCUGUGAAAACCCUUAAGGCACUGUGACUUACAGAUCUGUACAGUACUUAAUUCUUUCAUUUCUCUUUGUUCAGCCAGGAUCUCAUUUCUUCAAAGUGACAUUACAGUUUUUCUUGGGUGGAAAUUAAGUCUUUUGUGGUUCGGGUUUUGGCAGAGAAUUGCGUACAGUGAAAGGAAAAUGUGAUUAUUGGUGGCAAGUUUAAAUUUUUCACACAUACAAGUUUAAUUGAUUUGUUAAGUGCCAAACAGUUUUUUGUUUCAAUUACUACCGGAUUUAACAAGAAGUCACUUUUUCCUUUUGCUUAGGUGACAAUAUUAUGCGACAGCAAUAAUGUGUAGAAGUGGAGAUGAACCCUCUAUUUUUGUAUUCUCAUUCAAAUGAAAAAUAAAGUAAGUUUGUAAUUUUGUUUGCGGGUUUAGAGGGUUGGUCUAAAACGUUCACCUGGCUCCUUAGUGUUUCCGUAUGUUAUAGUGUUAGAUGUUUUUGUAGUUGUGUGUGUAGCGUAGCGAUCUAUCAUGCACUGUAGAGCAGAUAUCAAUAAAGUAGGUUGACAGUAGA